AUGGCGCAGCUCGGGGACCUCCAACACGUCCCGAGAGCCGUAAAACUGGCCGCCAUAUCCAGCCGGGCCAAGCUCGUACAGCAAUGGAUAUACGUUCCGUGCGGGCUCAUGGUCGCCCUCGUCGCCUGCUUCGGCAUCGACUCGCUCUUCCGGAAGGUCAACGUCGCGUUCCCGGCGUCGGUGGCUUGUCUGGUGUUGCUGUUCUUGGCGCUGCUUGGCUCGGAAUCUUGGCUGGGAAGUCAUCGCACGAGGAAGACAAUUGCCGUCAUCGAUGUUUCUGCUGGCUGGUCGCUCCGCUGGAUGGGCGUCUUCUUCACCCCUUCCUUCAUCCUCCUCCCUCUCAGUCCGCCCAUCGGCGUGGUUGAAGUCUUCAAGAUCAUCGCCGUCUUCAUCAUCGGCUUCUUCGUCAUGAUGGCCCUCGCCGCGUGGCUCACCCGCGGCCUCCAACUCGCGCUGGGCUCUUCCAAGCGCUCCGAGUCCCAGCGCGCCGAAGAACUCGGCCGGCGCACCCCGGACAUCCCCAUCAGCUCCGAGCCGACCACCCCCGGCGUGUCCCGGCGGACGAGCUUCUCCCAGGCGACGUCGAUGAUGCCGCUGGUCGCCAUGCCCGGGUCCGGUCCUCCGUCCGGCCCGCCUUCCACACCACCGUCGGUACCUCCGUCGCGGCCGCAGAGUCCUCCACUUUUGCGUCUUCAGGAACAUCACUACUCCAACGGCCGCGGCCCAGAGAACGUCACGGAGGCACUCAGCCGUCACAGCUAUCCAUCCCAGACGCCCAUCCCAUCCCCAAAGGCCGAACAAUGGGCGGCCGCCAUCUCAGCCAACCUCGACCUGUCAACGUUCAUCGCCCUGUUCCUCUUCGUCGGCAUCCCACUCUACUAUUCCACCGGCUAUGCCAUGGUCGCCCACCUCACCCUCAACAUCCUUGCGUAUAUGGCUGCCAUGGCCAUCCCCGGCGCAUGGAAACAGUACCUCCACCCGGUGCUCGUCUCCUCGCUCCUCACCGUCCUUAGCAUCUGGGCCCUCGCGGCGAUCCGCGGCGACGAUCUCACCACCACGCUUACCGCCUACCGCACGGGGGCCAAGUACCUCAAGCUGUGGCAAAACACCCACAGCCAGCUCCUCCCCGGGGCGGGCGACGUCUUCGGGACGCUGCUAGAUGCCAGCAUUGUAGCCCUGGCGCUGCCCAUGUUCCAGUACCGGCGCGAGCUGCGAGCACACUUCAUCUCCAUCGUGGCGCCCAACGUGGCCAUCAGCGUCGGUUCGCUGCUGGCGUACCCGCCGCUGUGCCGGGCCAUUGGCAUCUCGGCGUCACGCAGCCUCGCGUUUGCGUCGCGCAGCCUGACGCUGGCGCUGGCGGUCCCGGCCACGUCGAACCUGGGUGGCGACGUCAACACGGUGGCCGCGCUGGCCAUCAUCAGCGGCAUCCUGGGCGUCAUCUUCGGCUCGCGUAUCCUGGCCUGGCUGCGCGUGCCCGAGGACGACUACGUGACCCGCGGUGUUACGCUGGGCGUCAACUCGAGCGCCAUUGCCACGGCGCUGCUGCUGCGGACGGACCCACGAGCGGCAGCUCUCUCGAGCCUGUCGAUGAGUCUGUUUGGCACCAUAACGGUGCUGUUCACAUCAAUACCCCCUGUGGCAACGUUCGUGCGUGCUCUCGUGGGUCUAUAG